CAUCAUGAAGACCCACAAUGACGAGACAGCCCGACUGCCUGAAAAUAAAUCUACAUAACUAGAAAUUAUUUCGCGUGGAAUCCCUGCACAUUUAUCAUAAUUUCCUUUAAAUGCGCAGGUAAUUCUGUAUUUUAAAGACAACCUGAUCCUUGACGAACUAUUUUACUAAGCUUCAUCAAGUGAAGCUGCGUGCUUAUUGAGAGCACGUUUCAAGCAGUCGUCAAAAGCAAUCCAAAUUUUGCCUCACUUGUACUUUAGGAUAACGUUGAAGGUAUGAAUAAGCGAGGAGGUGAAGGACAUCCACAGAAAAAUGGAAAUGUGGCUCAACAGUGUGAGACAAGUGCCAAUUUGUCUUCACCAGUCAUUGCAGCCUUCAAAGUCUUCCAGAUGGAACUUGACACCAAGCACGACAAAUACGAGCGUCUUGUUAAGCUCAGUCGAGAUGUCACCAUUGAGAGCAAGAGGACGAUUUUUCUUUUACACAGAGUGACAAGUGUUCCAGAUGCAGAGCCCAUUUUGAAUGAGGCCGAUGGGAAACUGUGUGGUGUGAGGGAGAAAAUCGGUCAGAUUGCAGAAGAGCUUCGAGGAGAAGACAUCUAUCAGUUUCAUAGAGCGUUUACCGCAGGAAUCCAGGAAUAUGUGGAGGCCGCCUCGUUCCAGCACUACAUCCGUCAUCGCAGCCUCAUCAGUCUGGAGGAGAUCAACGCCAGUCUAGUAUUCAUGAAAGGAGAUGAGGGCUCUGCCGACACGCUGUCAUCGGAACCUCGGGUCACGACUUUCCAGGUGAUGCCGGCAGACUACCUGCUGGGAGUGGCCGACCUGACGGGAGAGCUGAUGCGCCUGUGCAUCAGUAGCGUGGGCAACGGUGACAUCGACACGCCCUUCCAGCUCAGCCAGUUCCUGCGCCACAUCCAUGACGGUUUCUCCUACAUCGGAAACACGGGCCCUUAUGAGGUGUCCAAGAAGCUGCACACUCUCCGUCAGAGUCUCGGAAAAGUAGAGGACGCCUGUUACGCCCUCCGAGUCCGCGGUUCUGAGAUCCCCAAACAUAUGCUGGCCGAUGUCUUCUCCAGCCGAAAUGCUCACAUGGACUCAGAAGAGGCUGUGGUCUAAAAAAGUCCUUUACACCCUUAUCAUCUAACCACUGCAGACAUUUUAUACGGAUGAAAGUUCUGCAGCAACUUUGUCAUGCUUUCAAGACUUGAGGCUUCUUUGAUAACGUGUGUUUAUUUUAUUUCACUCUCAGCCCUCCCCUUCCCCUAUCACACACAGAUAAUCUAAGGUAGAGCAUGUGACCUUUGUUCAGGCCCAUUCUCUGGCAGCCACCUGAUGUACACGCACGCACAUACGUACGUCAAGCAACCCCUGUAUUUUGGCCUCCCCUCCACCCUCUUUCUUAUCUCAUUACUCACGAGACACGUAUCACUCGUGUGCAUACAGCUGUGACUCUAUAUUCUAUGAGUCAGAGUAGCACAUGUUUGCAGAUUGUUUGUGCAUUCGUUUAAAAACUUGCAUAAGUUAAGGAAGAAUUUGGUAUAAAUUAAGAUUUGUGUUGAUUGGCGAUUUGCUCUUAUCCAGUUUGUGCAUGUAUUAUUUCGCCCU